UGUUGGACGCUCAUCUCCGCCUGUCCGCUCCUUGACAAAUUGUUGCAGUGUGGAUGACAUGGUUUUCUUUUUGAUCCUUUUUGUGUUUUACCGGUUUGCUGCUUGAAACCUGCAUCGCUUCGCACGCUUCGCACCAGUGGGGCUCAAGAUUGUGUCUAAAGAAGACCUACCUGGAGCCUCCAAGAACAGAUGGCAGCGUCCUACCAACCAAUGCCGCAGAACCUCAACGAACCCUCAGAGACGGAUGUUGAAGGUGGAAGCCACGGAGUUCGACAGUUCCGCGUUGAUACAAAACACCUGCUCUUGCAGCCGGAGGAAGAGUGCUCAACGGGCAGCAUGUUCACGAUGCCUAUUUGGGCCAAGGCUGUUGGCUCUUUACUCUUCCUAGUGGGGCUUGGUGCUGCCUUCGUCCUUAUUCGACAGGCUCCGAAGGGCUCAGCUCCGCAUGGAUUGCAAGCACCUGAAAGCAAUACCAUUGAGGCAGUGAUGCCUUCUGAGCAAAUGCUCAAGGCAAUGCAGCGCCUCCAGGACCAGGCUACAAAGAUGGCGCAAACUAGAUCCACGGAGGAAAAUGCUGCGAGCACUGCCACGGACGAGACCAGUCCGAAAGCCACCAAUGCUCCGCAUCCGCAUGCAACCGCAGAUGCGACGCAUGAGCCUGCGCAUGUGACGCAUGCACCUGCGCAUGUGACACAUGCGCCCGCUGUCGCUAAGCAUGCUGAGCAUUCUGAGCCUGCGAAGCACAAGCACAAUAGUACCAUUGGCACCAAUAGCACAAAUGGCACAAACACAUCGGACUCUGAAGAUUCCACUCCGUGCCACUCAGCGCUUCCGGGCGAACCUUGUUAUGAAGCUGUGCUUUGGCACAAGUGGGUGGGCGUCGUCGAGAAUCCGAGUUGGUACAAAACAAUCUCAAGGCAAUCCAAUCGGCAUGAUAUUCAGAAGUGGCUCUGGGAGUCCAAGCAGGGUCAAUGCCAGCGCCCUUGUGCUGGCUCCUAUCCAGUCCCGCAGCAGCCCAAAGGCAAAACACCCCAAAUCUAUUGCUUUUCGGUGUCCCGCGGUGGCGCUGAGAUGGACACCAUGUUUCUGCAACGCCAAGUGGGAGGAGGCAUUUUUGGCUGCGAUGGGUUUGAUGUGUUCAGCGACCAGGCAAUCGACAUUGACGGGUAUAAGACGAAGGUGAUCCCUUCCACCGUCUCUGGCGUUUCCGUCGAUGGCACGGCAGCGAACUCGCAAGUCUUUUUAAAGACUUGGAUGGCUAUUCUGACUGACGACAAAUGGUGGCACUAUGACUUCAUUGCUAAGGUGGAUCCUGAUGCCAUUCUUUAUGCUGAGCGUUUGCGCGGACAUCUUCAAUGGCAUGUGGGACAGGACGUCUUCUUCUUGAAUUGCGCCAAAUAUAUCCCAGCAACAAUGUACGGAGCGCUUGAGGUCUUCUCGAAAGCAGCACUUGGAGCAUACUUAUCUCAGCACGAGCGCUGUGAGCACUCUCUUCCCUUCUGGUCUUGGGGUGAAGACAGGUACAUGGCUGGCUGUUUGGAGAUGCUUGGAGUGCAAACUCUGCCAGACUAUAUGAACUUCCUUCACGAUGAACGUUGCUGGGGUGUUGAUUGUGGCAACAAGGCAGCGGUGGCAUUCCAUUCGUUCAAGCAGGUGAACCACUGGUAUCGCUGCUACGAGUCUUCCAAAUGAGGGCAGAGAAGCCGUGCGGUGAGGGGUUUGUUUCGUAC